AUGACAUUCCCAAGCGACCAGCACCUGGCAUUCCCAAGCGACCAGCACCUGGCAUUCCCAAGCGCACCUGGCAUUCCCAAGCGAUCAACACCUGGCAUUCCCAAGCGAGCAGCACCUGGCAUUCCCCGACCAGCACCGAUCAAGCGAACACCUGGCAUUCCCAAGCGAUCAACACAUGACAUUCCCAAGCGACCAGCACCUGACAUUCCCAAGCGACCAGCACCUGGCAUUCCCAAGCGACCAGCACCUGGCAUUCCCAAGCGACCAACACCUGGCAUUCCCAAGCGAUCAACACCUGACAUUCCCAAGCGACCAGCACCUGACAUUCCCAAAGCGACCGACCUACACCUGACAUUACCAUUCCCAAGCGAUCAACACCUGACAUUCCCAAGCGAUCAACACCUGACAUUCCCAAGCGACCAGCACCUGACAUUCCCAAGCGAUCAGCACCUGGCAUUCCCAAGCGAUCAACACCUGGCAUUUCCCAACGACCAGCACCUGGCAUUUCCCAAGCGAUCAGCACCUGGCAUUCCCAAGCGACCAACACCUGGCAUUCCCAAGCGACCAGCACCUGGCAUUCCCAAGCGAUCAACACCUGGCAUUCCCAAGCGAUCAGCACCUGGCAUUCCCAAGCGACCAGCACCGACCAACGACCAGCCUGGCAUUUCCCAAGCGAUCAGCACCUGGCAUUCCCAAGCGACCAGCACCUGGCAUUCCCAAGCGAAGACCAGCCGACCAGCACCUGGCAUUCCCAAGCGAUCAACACCUGGCAUUCCCAAGCGACCAACACCUGGCAUUCCCAAGCGACCAACACCUGACAUUCAACACCAACACAUUCCCAAAGCGAUCAACACCUGGCAUUCCCAAGCGAUCCAGCACCUGGCAUUCCCAAGCGACCAGCACCUGGACAUUCCCAAGCGACCACCUGGCACCUGGCAUUCCGAUCAACACCUGGCAUUCCCAAGCGACCAGCACCUGACAUUCCCAAAGCGACCAGCACCUGGCAUUCCCAAGCGAUCAGCACCUGGCAUUCCCAAGCGACCAGCACCUGGCAUUCCCAAGCGAUCAACACCUGGCAUUCCCAAGCGAUCAACACCUGGAUUCAGCGACCAGCACCUGGCAUUUCCCAGCACCUGA